GUCCUGAACGCAACUGGCGCUGACGUAAUCAAAGCGCGACGCACCUCGGUUUGUGUAUCGGCUGUUUAGUCCAAACAGCUGCUCCAGCUGUGUUUGGAUUGUGUUUUCCUUCACGUUUGUCUUUAUCAAGAGGUAAGACGACAACAACCGAUUUACAUUUUGUUGUUCUUUUCCUCCCGUCGUUGUCGCUGGACAUUUCCGACACAGCUCGCCGUUGAAUCCUUUGCUCAGCUGUUAGCUAUAGCAUUGUAAUAUCACUCUAAUGUAUGCGGAAUGCGCAAUCAUUGCGGAUGUGGUGCAGAAAAUAUUGCGCAUCGAUGCGACAUGGAGACGGAGUGACAGAAGACAGAAACACGGAGGUGCCGUGUGACCGUGCUGCUCAUCUCGGAGCUCGGUUGUGUUUUGUUAUUGUGUUUCAUUUGUGGAGUCGACCCUCUGCUUCAGUGAUGCUCCUCACUGGAAAAACCACUGCACGGUGAAAUGUAGCGCUCACCCUGCUCCAGGUGUUUUUAACUCUCACACCAAAAGAUGUAAUUACUCGUGGGAAUGUUAUUAAAUGAUUCCAUGUGAAGGGAGUCAGAAAAGUCCAAGGACUUUAUGUAACAAACAUAAACACCUGAUGUGUCUGUUGGAGACCUGCAGGAAUGACUUGGAUCAUAUUAGAAGCUUCUUUAACAUUUAUUGUAACCUAAUGUGAACCUUAAUUUUUUUUAAUAGCAUAAUGCAGUGCACUGUAAUAUUAAAAUGUCUGGAGCCGUAGCUUCAGUCAUACACUGAACUUCUGUUGAUGGAGAAGCAGCUGUCACGAUCAGAAUUGGCCCCCCAGUCAGUUCUGCUGUAAACCAGGUCUGACCCAUGACUGAGUAUUACGAGGAGGGGGGGCUGCUGUACGAGCAAUCACCUCCCAUGCACAUCAAAGUGGAGUCUCCAGAGGGACCCUUCGGAGGGGGAGCCUCAGAAAACGGCUUCCCCAGGGAGGAUGAGGACUCUGAGGGCAGCUGCGACCAGAACAGUGGAUUACCUGGGGGCCUGCCCUUCAACGUGGUAGUGGUCCAUCCCAACAUCAUGGCACCUGGCAUGUCCUCAGAUGACCUCUUGACCAUUGAACAGAACAGAGCGAUGUCAGCUGCUCUUGCUGCCGGUGGUGCAGGAAAAAGAAAGAGUCGCUUCAGUGGAGCAGAGUUGGAGGUGUUGGUGUCAGAAGUCACUCGGUGUGAAGGAGAGCUCUUUGGUCCAGCAGGGAGGCUCAGGCGCCGGGAGAGGGAGCGCAUCUGGGCAGGAAUCCUGGACAGAGUCAACGCGGUGUCCAGAGUCCCACGGACCCUCCGUGAGGUGAAGAAACGCUGGGAUGACUUAAAGAGGCGUAACGGUGGAAGGUUGGCAGAUGCCCGCCAUCGGAGCUGUUACCUGCCACCCAGCAGAGGCACGUCGUUGCUUGGACGUUCUUCACAAUCAAACUCCAGGUUUCAGCAGACAAGGCAAAAUAAUCGACCGAAACCCAGUUUUCCAUGUUUUCCUGACCCUGAUACAGGUGUUGGUAUUGACGGAUCAGAGCGAGACGGUCUAGAAAAAGAAGAGGACAAUCCUGACCGUGAGAGAGACCUAGGAGAACCAGAGUGUGAAUCAGUAGAGAACAGUAUGGAGGAUAAAUUGGGAUUAGGACUGGGUCUGGGUAUUGGACCACCCCCACCAUCAGAACGCUGGCUUCCUCCUUCGCCACUCUACAGUGCUCCUUUCCUAAACGGUAGCCCUCAGCCCAGCAGCCCUCAACCAUCACUGGGAGCUCAGCCCGGUCCUCUUGAAGCCCCUCCCCGAUGCUCCUGGCUUGAAGAUGAGCUGCGAGGGUUAGGGGAAGCAGCCAUCCAGCUGGGAGACAGAGUUGAAAAGAGUCUGCAGGAGUUUGGAGAAGGGUUCCGACAGGACAUGAGGACACUUGUUGCUUCACAAGAGGCGUUGACAGUCAGUCUACAACAGAACAACUUCCUAUUACAGCGGCUAUUAGGAGUGCUCGAGAACCAGCAACAUCCACAGCAGCAGCAGCAGCAUCGAGUACAGCAAGUACACCAGUCACAAACUCCUCAGCAGCAUUUACAGGCGCAGCCAGCUGUGCAGCAGCUGCAACAUUCUGAACCACAGAUGCAGCAGCAGCAGCAGCAGAUUGAAACUUUGUCACAGCUUCAGCAUCAAACACAGGAGCAGCAUGAAGCAGAGCUCAUUAAUAAUCAGUCAGCUUUGACAGUGGAGUCCUUACCUUCGUCCCCUGACCUACGAGGCACUUUUACCGCUGAUCCACCCACAGACGCUAACGUAAGUGUGCAGAAGCCACGAAGAGGAAAAGGUGUGGAUCACAGGCGCCGGAGAAAGCGCUGAGAAGAGAAUAAUCAAUAACAACAGAUCCUGCAUAUUUAAUCUUUCCAUAUGUGACUACGCAAAAUGCUCUUUUUUCUACAUACAGUAUUUCUGUAUUAAAAAUAUGAUUUCAUUUCAUGAUCCCCAACUGAUAAUCCAUCUUGCACUUAAAUCAAGUCAUUGGAAAUGACUAACAAGUAAAAUAAAUUCUAUGGUAUUGCCUUGUUUUCUCAUAUAUAAACAUGUUGUGCUAAAAAAGACUUUCUGUGCAGCGGAAGCUUCACCGUUACUCACAGUAUCCAAACAAUAACUCACUGUAGAUGCUGAUGUUUAAAAUGCACGUCACUGUACAUGUUUACAGCAGAGCUGCUCCUGGUGCUUUUAACUGGUCAAUGCUAUCUGAGCUCUCCUGAACUGCUUUGUCAUGAAGUACUUGUAAUCUGCAGUUGUUACCAUAUAUUAUAGUGAUACAAGUAUUGUAAUUACCUGGUAAUGUAUGCUUGUGUUUUUUCAGCAGCUUCAUGGUACAGCAUUUGUUCAAAGAAUAAAAGUUAGCCUGUACUCAGUUGGAUGCAAUUUGAGAUGAUGCAUUUUGAAAAACUAAAGAUUUUGCUCCAGGCAAAAACAAAAAAAGUAAUUGGAAUGCGCCCUGUGAGAGCGUUCAGAUGUUAAUCCCUUACAUUUUAGUGGACCUCAUAAGCAUACUCAUGUAUGUAGGGGCUAUUAUAAUGAUAAUCAUGCAUGUAGUAUGAAGGUUGUGUUCGGAGGUAGAUGCUAAAAAAGACCUACAGCCAUCAUCGACAUAGUUUUGCACAAGGUACGUUUUGUAGAUAUCAGCUGUUCCAAUGAAACGUAACUUAACUUUAAUAAACUCAGACAUGGACUGCA